AUGAACUGGCGUAGCCGUUUAUUCCUAUUGCUACAUUUAGUAGCACUAGAUACAGUAUCAAUAUACGCUCGACGGGACCCACAAGGACAAAUUCCGUUCGUAUUCACUGCCAAAUUAUAUAAUGUAUCAUUAGAAGAAAACGCUCCCGGUACGGAAUUUGCUCGGUCAUCUGAUCAUGUACGUAUUGGCGUUCCGUUACCGCAUAGUGAUGCGACUGUCAAGUUCAAAAUUGUCGAGGGAGAUCGACAGCAUCACUUUAAAGCACAUUCCCGCCAAGUGGGAGAUUUUGUAUUUUUGCGAAUACGACAAAAAGACCGAAUGGAUACGCCGUUGAAUAGAGAGCUAAAGGUGUGA